CUACUUGCGGUGAUGCAGUGAAGCACUCAAAACCCAAUGUGGGUCCCCGAAAAUGAUCGCAAAAUUACGGUUUGUCCAUGACGCCAAUAAAGCAGCUGGGGUCAGUAAAUGAACACCACUGCUCGAUGAUUAUAAUAAUUAAUAGAAAUGGGGUUGACAGGCUUACCUUGCAGUGGAAACAGGAAUUCAAAGGAGAGUUUCCUAACGUCUGUUCCGUCUGUUGCAAGCCAAUAAAGUCAAAUCCACCGCAGCAUGGUUGCUGACGUCACAGUUAGACAUUUGGGGGUGGGGUAGGGAAAUACGUCGCUACUACAACUGGAAUCUAUCGAGUUCACAAAUCACAUUUGUUGGCCUACGCCUACGGUCAUGACGGUAUAUACAGUUGCAUUGACCAUGCUGGCUAUAAGAACCUCGUUCGUAGACAUAGGAUGAGUGCUGACUGGGAAGAAUGAUCAGAUAAUAUUCUGCAGGUCAUACAGGCAAAAAUCACCAAGUACCAUGACGGAGACCUUAACAGAGGAAAAACUCAUCAAACUAGCAGAGGCUGUGGGUGACCAUAAGAACGUAUUAAAGUUCGGGUUGAAACUGGGAUUCAAGAAGUCCGAAGUCAGUACAUACAUCAGUACAAAUAGACGAAAUGACAGUUUCGAAGGAACCACCUCCAUGCUCUUCGACUGGAAAAGAAAGACACGGAGAGCAAACCAAAUACCUGAUAUCAUCAAGGCACUUGAAGACGCUGGAUUUGCGGAAUUAGUAGAUGAUUUCUUCCCAUCUGGAGAGGAUGUCUCACAAGAAACUACAACAACUUCAAGAGCAUCAACUUCAACAGGAGCAGCAGACGUGUCAGCAUUACCACAUACCAUCAGUGAGAGAGAACUUUUGAUGUUGUCGACAGAGAUCGGAUCAAGUUACUACAAGAAAGUUGGCAAUAACCUGAAUAUCUCCAAUGUAACCCUUGAUAACAUCAAGGAGCGUACCAGAGAUAACUGCGAUGCAUUGAUGGCAGCUUUCACAAGAUGGAGGGAUAAACAGCUUCCAGACACAAACAUCAGGGCUCAUCUUGCAGAGGCUAUACAGAAGAGUGGUCUAGUGUCGCUGUCUCAGAAACUGAUUACUGGAAAUCUAUUGACAGAGUCGACAGGUGCACCUGUGACAAUUCCAGUAUCAGAGACCAAACCACUUACCCCUGACCUGAUUAAGAGAUGUAAAGAUGAGAUUCAAUUCAAGUACAGGACUGAUUUCUGUAUGAUAAGAGCUGAUCCACUAGAUCCUGAUUCUAUUGUGCCAUUCCAAGAUAUGUACACAAACCUUUUCUUGGAAAAAGAAAAACGAAGUAAAAGGAGUCAACUUGAGUAUAAGGAUCUCUUUAAUCUCAAAGUCAACGGCAUCUUCCCCAAACGGAUAAUGAUCCAAGGAGAGGCAGGGGCUGGAAAGACCACAUUCUUGGCUAAGAUUGCAUGGGACUGGAUAAACGAUAGUCCAGAUCUCCCAAAGUUUGUGUGGGUACUCAUUAUCCCUCUGCGUGAAGCCAAGCGAUACACGAUUGGUCAGAUUGUUAAGUCAUAUCUCUCAAAGGACAAUCCAGCAACAGCCUGUCAGAUCACAGAGUACAUCCGUUCAAAUCCAGAAAAGGUAUUCAUUGCCUGUGAUGGAUUAGAUGAGCUUAGUGGCAAGGUUGUACAGCAUACUAAAAGCAAGCAAGGUUCAGAAGGUGCUCAGUCAGAGUCAAAUGAUCAAACUGACAGGAAAUCAGAAUCCCAAAUGAGCAAUAAGAGAGAGCAAAGUUUUGAUCAAGGCACAAACAGAAAAAAAUCAAGAUUAGAGGAGAGCAAACAACCACGGGUAAAGCAGCAUUUUCCUUCAGGUACAUCGAGAUCUGCUGAUCAAACCACAGUAGGAUCACAAACAAGUCCAUCAAGUACAUCUAUGCACCAAAGAACUAAUCCCAAAUCCAAUCUAAGUUCUAUGGAGAGAGGUUAUAUCACUGUUGAAGAUAUUCUUUGCUCAGAUGAACUUCGUACUUGCCCUGUAAUGGUGACAAGCCGUCCAUGGAAGGCCAAUGAAAUAAGAUGGAAUGAGAGUUUAAGAAGACUAUACACAUUCAUCCAUGUGGAAGGCUUUAGCAGGGAGAAUGCAAUGGUUUACAUUCGCAAUUACUUCAAAGAUACUGAGGCUACAGCAGAUGAAUUCAUCCAAUUGUUUGAAAACAAUGAUAUCAUAUCAGAGAAUAUGGUGCCAUAUCCUAUCUACAUAUCUAUGCUCUGUCACAUGUGGAGAGAACUUGAUGACAACAAGAAAGAGAAGUUGAAGUCUUUUCAAACAUUCUCUGAAAUAUUCAGUGAAGUGUUUGAAUUCCUAAAGGUGCGUUAUGUCCAGAAAGAGAUCCCAGAUUUAAGUAGCCCAUUAUUCGAUACAUAUCGCUCUGAAAUUGAGAAACUCCUGGAACCAAUUGCCAAGGUUGCUUUUACUGGACUACAAUCAAACAACCUUAUUUUCAAUGAGGGAGAUCUUAAACAGUACUCAGACUCUGUGGAAACAGCAUGCAAAGUAGGAGUGUUGUCACAGGAGAAAAAGCUCUCAUCCAUUCAUGAUAAACGCAGUCCGUACCUGCAGUCAACAUUCUUCUUUCCUCAUAAACUAUUCCAGGAGUACAUGGCGGCAGUCUAUCUUGCUUCUCUCUAUGAUUCAGAUCGCAAUGAAUUUAACAGGCUGAUUGAGGAAGUAGUGAUCCCUAGGAAGGAAGAGUUUAGGUAUCUUCUGUACUUCACUGUGUCACAGGACAAAAACAUUGCCAAUUAUAUCACCCAGUGUCUGUUACAACAGUACACCCAAAGCCAAGGAAAGAAGGAGAUGAAUUUCUUGGUUGAUGUAGCUUUUGAGAGUCAAGAUGAAGAUACCAACGCCAUGCUUCAGAAUUCAGUAUCAUCUCUGUCCAUCCAUGGUGUGAACACACACACUAUAGCUGGUUAUGCAUCCACUGGGAUAUAUUCAAAGGCGAUCGCAAUGUAUGUUAAUGGAGACUACGGACCAGGAAUAUCAAAUGAGGUUGCAGUGAUGGUAUGCUCAGCACCAUCACUAAGGGAUGUUAGACUGGAUGCAAGCUUUCACCCUACCUUCUAUGAAACUCUUGCCAAAGGAGGAAUGAAAGCCGCAGUCCAUACUCUUCAGAUUGAGAUUUAUACGCCUCUAUCAUCAGCCUCUUCACAUCACCUAGCAGAAGCUUUAUGCUCCCUCCCUAACCUGACUAACCUGACACUGAGAAGAGUUUGUGACCAGGAGGAGUUGUAUUCUCAAUUGAAAGAGAAGGCUUCAACCUUGAAGGUCCAUACUCUUGAGAUUUGGAAUAUUGAGCCUCUAUCAUCAGCCUCUUCACAUCACCUAGUAGAAGCUUUAUGCUCCCUACCUAACCUGACUAACCUGACACUGAGUGGAGUUUGUGACGAGGAGGAGUUCUGUUCUCAUCUGAAAGAGAAGGCUUCAACCUUGAAGGUCCAUACUCUUAAGAUUGAGAAUUUUAAGCCUCUAUCAUCAGCCUCUUCACAUCACCUAGCAGAAGCUUUAUGCUUCCUACCUAACCUGACUAAUCUGACACUGAGUGGAAUUUAUUACCAGGAGGAGUUGUAUUCUCAAUUGAAUGAGAAGGCUUCAACCUUGAAGGGUUCUUUCCCUCAGAUCAGAAAAGGAAAUUUCAUGUACAAUAAGAAGCCUCAGAAGGAUCUUCAAUCAUUCUUACAAACAGUCAGUGAGGAGAAACGUGACAUGGAAACUUCUUCUGAGUCUUCCUCAGACGAAAUUGAAACUUCUUCUGAGUCUUCCUCAGACGAAAUUGAAACUUCUUCUGAGUCUUCCUCAGACGAAUAUUUUGAUGCAUGAUGUGACUCUGCAACAGUACAGUCAAGAUCUAUACAACGGCAAUCCACAACCAUCUAAUUGAUCUCCAUGACGCGGUCAUAUCCUACAGUGGUUUGUUUCAGAGCUGUGAUAUGUCUGAACUCAUUUCAUUUUUUAUCCUUGGAAUAUUAUUUUGAUGUGAAACCAAUUGUCACCAGAGGCAAAUAUGAAUCAUAAUUUUAAUCCUAAAAUGACUGAUGAGCUCUUUUCAUCCGACUUUUAAAGUGAUAUUUAAGCUUCAGAAAAAGGCCUGGGACGAUUGUCAAUGUUACCAUUUGAUUAUUUCCUGAAAAAAAAAAUUGAAUCAUUCAAUCAAUCGAUAUAUAUUUACUCCCAGGCCUAUUCAGAAGUAUCAUAACUAAUGAUUUCAUGCAGUGCAGGUUAAGAGAAUUAAAUAUAAGCCUAUACAUGUAGAUUAUGCCAUCGUCACUGGGUGAUUUUAACAUGAAUUUACCCUUUUUAUGAUAUCAUAAAUAUCAAUUUAAAGUAUUUUGUCCAUGGUAUUCCAUAUUGUCACAUUAUUCUGAACCAAAAUCAAUGUUUAAUCUGUCAAUGCAUUAUCACGCCAAACUCUUCUAACAAUGCUUUAUACAACCUGGAUUCUUUUAUCUUUAUCAUACAGAAGAAAGUCACUCCUUCAAUUCUAUUUUUUGUAACCACAGUGAAAAUCGUAGGAAUUACAAUUCAUAAUGAUUUAAAGUGAAAUGCUCAUGUAACC